CAAUUCUGAUAGAUGGCGCUGGUGGGAAGUCGACCAAUCGCAAAUAACAUGACAAUCUCCUUGCACGGCCAUUGGCGGUCAUUUCAAAUCACAAAGUGGUCGGAUUUCUCAAUCUACAUGUGUCGUUGUUGACAUCGUUCGGUUGUUUGAAGAUGCCGGCUGACAAGGUGAUCCCGGUGCGAGUGGCAGUGAGGUGUCGCCCGCUCAUCCCGAAGGAAGUAGGCGAAGGAUGCCAGCUGUGUGUGAACUUCACCCCAAAUGAGCCCCAGGUUGUCAUCGGCAGAGAUCGCGCUUUUACCUAUGACUUCAUCUUCAAACCCUCCAACUACCAGUGUGAAGUUUAUGAAAACUCUGUGAAACCACUGCUUGACAGUUUGUUUAAAGGUUACAAUGCAACAGUGUUGGCGUACGGCCAGACGGGGAGUGGCAAGACCUUCACCAUGGGGGGAUGCUACGAGGCGUCUCUGUCCGAGGAUGAGGAGCAUAUGGGGGUGAUACCUAGAGUGCUGCGGGAACUCUUCCAGGGGAUCGACGACAGGUGCAACGAAAGCAACUUCAGCAUCGCAGUGUCAUACCUUGAGAUUCACAAGGAAGACCUGCAUGACCUACUGUGCCAUCCCUCCAAGAGGGAGAACCUCGUCAUCAGGGAGGAAGUCAGCGGAGGAAUCGCUAUAGCUGGUCUAAGGGAAGUAAAAGUGAAGUCCUAUGCAGAGACCAUGAAAUGUUUGACCCAGGGGUCUUCAUCCCGCACCACGGGGUCCACCGCCAUGAACAACACCUCCAGCCGAUCUCACGCCAUCUUCACCAUCACCGUGGACCGAGUCAGUAAAGACAACCCAGAGGACGCAUGUAAGGCUAAAUUCCACCUCGUGGAUUUGGCCGGCUCCGAGCGGAUCAAGAGAACGCAUGCAGAAGGAGAGAGAUUAAGGGAAGGUAUCAACAUCAACCGUGGUCUGCUGGCCCUGGGGAACGUGAUCAGUGCCUUAGGAGACGACAGUCAGAAGAGGAACCAUAUUCCCUACCGAGACUCCAAACUCACUCGACUGCUGCAAGACUCGCUGGGCGGCAACAGCCACACCCUGAUGAUUGCCUGCAUCAGCCCUGCUGACUCCAACAUGGAGGAGACCAUCAACACGCUGCGGUACGCGGACCGCGCCAGGAAGAUCAAGAACAAGCCCAUCAUCAACCGAGACCCCCAGCAGCAGGAGAUCAUGCGUCUCAAGUCACUGGUCCAGCAGCUGCAGGUCCAGAUGAUCCAGGGUGGUCCAGGAGACGUGACGGUCACAGUCAAACAGCAGUCCAGCCCGGUUGGCAGCAGCAGCAGUGAGUACAAAGCCAUGCUGGAGAGGCUGAAGCUACUGGAGGAGGAGAACACGAAGCUGACGAGGGAGCUGCAGUCUUCCGUGGACCAGAACACCACCAACCUGGAGCGGUCCAUCAAACUGGAGCUGAGCAGAGACAGACUCAAGGCCAAACUGAGGGAGUUCAAGUCACACACUGGAGUGGACUUCGAGCUGCUGAGUCAGAGCAUCGACGUAGACAACAACCCUCAGAUGAAGGAGGAGUUGGAGAAGCUGCGGAGGCUGGCUGACAAUGUCAGGACGGACUCGGAAGAAGAACGGAGUGAUGACUUGAUUGAUGAACCCCUUGAGCCGGAGGAUGACGACGGUGAGCCACUGCCGUCAACGCCAGACAGCCGUGCAAUAUCUACACAGUACGCCUUGAAGCAGGCUCAGAUGAACCGUGAGCUGCAGGAGCUGAACCGACUCCUGGCCAAGAAGGAGGAGCUGGCAACUCAGAUGACAGACAACGACGGCAAGAUGGAGGCCAUGAAGAUGCACUAUGAGCUCUCUGUGAAGGAACUGGAGACGGAAAUUACAGACCUGCAGAAAGAGAAGGAGAAUCUGUCCCACGCCCUGUUGGAUGCCAAGAUGAACUCAGCUGCCAACAAGGUCAGCGAGCAGCGGCGAAAGCGCCUUCAGGAUCUGGAGACUCAGAUCGGGAAGCUGAAGAAGAAGAUGGCGGAGCAGAGUAAGAUGGUGAAACUGAAGGAGCAGACGGACAAGCAUGUCUUCAAGCUAAACACAGACAUCCAGUCCAUGAAGCAGCAGAGGGUGAAGCUGAUGAAGCAGAUCAAGGAAGAUGCCGAGUUGUUCCGGAAGUGGAAGCAGCAGAAGGACAAGGAGGUGCUGCAGCUGCAGCAGAAGGACCGCAAGCGUCAGUGUGAGAUCCAGAAGAUGCAGAAGACCCAUGAGAAGCAGCAGACCGUCCUGCGACGGAAGGCGGAGGAGGCAGCGGCAGCGAACAGGAGGCUGAAGGACGCCCUGGCACGGCAGAAGACGGUGAUGGACGAGAGGAGUAAACAGCUGAACAAGUGUGACGGCAGCAGCAUCGGCAACAGAGUCAGGGCUUGGCUCAGCCAGGAGCUGGACGUCCGGGUCAGCAUCCGAGAGGCCAAGUAUCACCUGGACAGUCUACUGGCUGACCGCAAGACACUCGCUGCACAGCUGGCAGACCUGAAGGCCAAGCUCGACGAUACACCCCCGAAGAAAAAAAUGGCCUGGGUCAACUCUGAAGGAUCAACCGAGGAUGUUAGCUUUGAACAAGACAGUGUCAUUUCACAAAUAAAGGCUCUGGAAACAGAGAUUGAGUUGAGGAACAUCCAGAUAUCAGAUCUACAGCAAAAAAUUGUGGACGCAGAUCAAGACAGCAAGGGCAAGUCGGCCUGGGAGUCCCUGCACACCAUGAUGGAGGCCAAGUGUGGACUCAAAUGGCUACUGGAGCAGGCCGUGUCAGCAAAGGCCGACAUCUCCAUCACCAAGACUGAGCUGAAGGAGGCACAUGCAUCAAACGAGGACUCGAGUCAGGUAGCCGAGCAGAUGGAAGACCACAUCAACAAGCUGAGGAAACAGUAUGACUCCAAGAUGACCAUACUGCAGAGGGAGCAUGAGUCCAAGGUACUGUUCUUGCUGAAGAAACUCAACUCUGUGUCUGGUAAUGCCAACAUGUCUGCAGACCAGGACACAAGGGAGAGACUAGAAUUCCAGGAAAAGACCAUCGACUCCCUCAGUGAACUCAGCGACAGGCUGCAGCAGGUUACAGAGGAAAAUGAAGGCCUUAAGAAGCAACUGACGCGGGCGAUGUACCAGGGCAAGCACAUGGCUCUCAUGCCCAGCAUAUCAGAACCCGGGUCCUCUCCCUUCCUCAGCCCCGUCCUCAAGCCCAAGACAAGGCAGAAGAAGUCGACAGCGGCAGCAGAGAACCAGGCAGCUCUGACGUAUGAUGAAUUCAUGGAUGAGUGGGAUGAUGAUGUCAUGGUGGAAGAAGACACUAGCGACGAGGACUGGACGCGAACCCCCAUCUUCAAAGCAAAAGCCAAGGCAAAGAAAACAACCAAACAGACAAAAGGAAGGAAGGCAACUUCCCAGUCUUCACUCAACAGCACCUUCAGUUUUGAUGAGGACAAGUCCAAGACCAGUGAAGACACGCCGGUAGAUGUUCAACAGCUCAAGACAGGCAAGUCUCGGCGAAUCUUCCAGGCCAUCGAGUCCACGGACAACACAACGCGCAGCUCCGAUGAAUUUGAGAAGCCAAAGCCCAGGGCAUCGAUGGUGACAAAACGAGGCAGUGAACCCAGCGACGGCGAUGACAGCAUCCGCUCCACCACGCUGGGCGGCGGGGUGAAGAAGAAGAGGAAGCUUCACAACUCUAACAGGUCGAGUCUGUUUACACCCCUGGCAUGAACUGCCGUCAAGACUGCUACAAAUAUGUUGUUUCCCUGACAACAAGUAGGUCAUGAAAACACCUUCCAGGAGAACAGUGAUCAGCACGGACACUAACAUCUUCCCGAGGCAAGAGAGUUAACUGACUGUAAAAGUCCAGUUUCCAUCCUUGCCGAACUAGGCUGGUAUUAUGGAGUUACAUUUUGGCUGGACUAACGAGUCUAUGCAUAGUCCAUUAAA